AUGUCAAAUUACGGCAGUGCAGGAUAUUUAAAUAGAAGUCGUGAUUAUCUUUUCUCAUUAAUAUUGUUACUUGCACAGGAUGACUAUAACCGAUAUGAAACGGCGCGUUCUCGGAGUCGUACUUUACAACGGCAUCGAUAUGAAGAUGAAAGAAGUCGAUUUUCAGGAUAUGGUGAUAGACCUGGUUCUGGUGUAGAAUUGAUGCCUACGAAAUGGCAUGGUGGCGAGAUUAUAACCGAUCCGAUACGUUUGCCUCGUUCGCUAAAACCCCGUCGUUUAUAUUAUUCACCAAUUGGUGAUGGUGUUGUUGCUGCGGAUGGUGUGGAAUUGAAGCGCAACCCAGAAGAUUCCUCUCCGAGAAUUUCAGUAACUCACACAAGGACCGUGGAUAGAGGUGAACUUGGCAAAGAUGGUUACAACCUUUAUGCUCGGACAGCAGGUAUUGUUGAAAGUGACUACGGGAGUGAUAUUGGUGCGAGUGGACGUAAUUCACGAUUAACGGGUGGCUUUUCUCCAGGUUUUCAUCUUCAUUCACUACAAUAUUCUGGCACUGGACUGCACAUCUCAAACAACUCAGAACAACCGCAGAAGUUCGAAAUGUCUAAGGACUAUUUGAUAACGAAUCCACGAGAACUCAUCCAUCAGUAUGCAACUAUGACUCCUGUUUCAGUUCUUGAAAUACCUGAAACAUCACGAACGGUCAAGAAAAUGUAUUCAUCAACAAUCGAAGAAAAAUUUAUACCUUAUCCACCUUACAAAAGUUCAGAAACUGCUAUCCACCCUCAAAAUUUUGUUCGCCAAUUGAGAGAUGAAGGGUUGACCGCUUCGCAAAAAGAAGCUAACAGGCACAGAAAACCUCUUGUAUCCAAUGAUCCACAAACAAUGCAAAAAAUUUGGGGAAUUCGCGAUGAAACAAACCGAACUAUAUCAUCAAAUAAAGAAAUUGACUAUUUGACCGAAAGAAUGGUGCAUAGUUUACAAACCGGUCGUACAACUCCUCACUUCUAA